CUUUAUCAAAUUCGACAUGGCAUUUCAUACUUGGUGCAAGUUGAAAACAACACAAAAUUAACACUGACUCUUUGUCAAAUCGACAUGGAAAUCAUACGAUCAACUUGAAGAGCCAAUUAUCCAGCCAAUUGGUUGUAUGGAAGAUCUACAACAGAAAGAAACAGCAGAUAUCAAAUACUUGAGCGCAUAGGCUGAAAAUCACCAUGAGGCCCAUGGCUGCACAACUUUCCCGGCUCACACUCGGAGCGCGCCGAUUAUACUGCAGCCCGGGCUCUCAACCGCUCCGGCGCUUCUCCUCCGACCAUGCGCCAAGUCCAAAAGAUACUACCGCCGAGUCCUCCGCAGACCCUUCGCCGGUCACCACUACCCCCAGCAGCAUCACCAACGCCUCAGAUGAUCGAGGACGUACUGAUCCCAACAUUCCACUUUCCAAGUCCUCCAACCACCACAACCUUGCCUCAUUCCUCCAGUAUGCCAAGCGAACCGGUCUCGGUCAAGAAACCACCAUCUUUGUUGGAACACACUACGAAUACACAAUAGCCUCCCUCUUAACCGCGUACGGCUUCUCUCUCAACCGGGUAGGCGGGCAACACGAUUUCGGAAUCGAUCUCCUCGGCACCUGGUCCGUACCGACGGCCGAACGUCCGCUACGAGUCAUCGUGCAGUGCAAGGCCAUUCAAAGCACUCGUCCUCAUCUGAUCCGGGAGUUGGAGGGCGCAUUCGUGGGAGCGCCAGUUGGAUGGAGAGGGUCGGAAGUAUUUGGCGUCUUGGUGGCCUCGAAAAUAGCCACAAAGGGAGUCCGAGACGCGCUGGCGAGGAGUCGGUGGCCUUUGGUGUUCAUCGGAUGCUCGAGGGAGGGGAAGGUUGAACAGCUCUUGUGGAAUCACCGCGCCGAGCAGGAGGGGCUGCAGGGGUUGGGGGUUGCGAAGCGACAUUCUCCGGAGGGCGGGGAGCAGUUGGUGUUGACGCACAAAGGAAAGCAUCUUCCGUUGAUCAAAGUGGAAGGAGGCUUGCCGGAGUCGAGCGGUGCUGAGCAAGGUGAAGCUUCGGAAAGUAUAGAUAGAAAAGAUGGUUCCGCCUGAUGUUGAUGACACAUUUGAGGAUGUGAGAGAUAUGCUGUGUAAAAUGUAUUUCCAUGCCCCGGCUGGGAUACUCGGCAGGUCUUGAAAU